AAAAGUGGAAAAAAAUCCCCUCGAGUGACUUCAUUUAACAUUUAGUUAUGAUGAAUAACACACGUAAUGAUACUUCUAAUCUGAAUCAUAGUAUUUCAAUGGAUGGUUCCGAUGUUACUGAAGAAGUUUAUUUUAUCAUUCUUAUUGUCGCCAAUGUUGUUAUAGCAAAUAUUCUUUCUUUGUUAGGAAUCAUGGGAAGUAUACUUAACAUAAUAAUUUUAUCUCAUCACAAAAUGCAGGAUACAACGAAUGUGGUUUUGUUGGCCAUUUCAGUCUGUGAUUUAAUUUAUUCACUAACACAAGUAUCACUUAAUUUUUCUCUAUCGUCAUUUUUAAUUAACUUUAACUUGGCUCAAUGGGCUACAGUCAUCCAUGCACUUUGUAUUGACCAAAUAAAUUAUCUCGCAGUUCUUACAAGUAUCCAUUUAGUGACUUUAGUCUCCAUUGAAAGAAUGGUUGCUGUGUGUUUUCCCUUUCAUGUUGCCAGAUUUUUGACGAUUUCUCGUGUAAAAAUUAUUAUUGUUUCAAUGUUAUGUUGUAAUAUUUUGAUUAUAAGUCCUGAAUUUAUGAAAGCUAAAUUGUUUUACAUUGAAUAUAACAACGUGACAUUACCAGCUCUAAAAUAUCAAGACUCUUUUGUUCAAAAUAUUUAUGCAUACAUAAAAUAUUAUAUCACAAUAAACUUCUUGGUUUUUGUAUGCUGUCCAUUUUUGGUCAUAAGUUUAUGUACCUUUGUAACUAUAUUUCAUAUCUCUAUAACAUCUAAAACUAAAGAAACAUUGUCUUCAAAAGAAGCUAUCGCUAAACGUAAAAAAGAAAUGAAAUCGGUUAAAAUUGUUUUAAUUAUUUGUGUUUUAAUUGUGUUUCUUGUUUUAAUUCCUUUCUUUGUUCAGCAGAUGCUUAUUUAUAUUAUAAAAAUUCAAAUAUCUCAAAAGAUGUCAAUUAUAGCAUUUUCGAUUGUCAAUAUACUUGUUCAAAUAAACUCUUCAUUUAAUUUUGUUAUUUACGUCACAGGGAGCCCCAAAUUUAAAAAGACUGUAGUGAAUCUUUUUUUUUUAAAAUAGUAAAUAUGUGUCAAAAAGGAAAUUGAAAUUUCAUAAUAAAAAUAACAGUUUUUUUUUCUUAACAAAAUCUAACUCACUACAAUAACACAACCUUUCUAUCUCACGUUCUGGAGUCGUCUCCCCUAACCAAGCCCAAAUGAUGACAAUGCCACCUAUGUUGCAUCAUUCACAAUCAAUCGCUAACCUCUUUCCAAAGUCGACAUAGAAAGACACACACAUACACACAUUUCACACUAUAACAUGGGGGAGGAUAGGGGCAGGGUAAAAAAAAUUAUCGAUUACUUAUUAAGAGUAAAAUAAUAGCUGCAACUAAAAGUCACCAGCUUCAAAAAGGAUGAAUGAUCUUAAAAAAAUAUAUUACAUGUUUUUUUUUUCUUUUUAUUUACAAAUCUCUCUCCAAAUCUUUCUUUUUUCAUUUUCUUAUGUUUUUCUGCAGUUUUAAUUAUAUUUUCAUUUUUGUUUUCUUUAUAUUGAUAACUCUUCCUUUUCUCUCGUACUAAAUAGUAUCGCUUGAAGAACGUACACUUUGUAAAAGUCGAUUGAAUUAGGAGAAGAUUACUGGAUUCAAUUUUUUGUGUUAAAAUCCACAAUUUCUAGCGUAUAUUUUGUAUGUAUGCUACUGUUUUCU